AUGUCGCUCUACUCUUCCGCCGCCAGCGCGCCCCUCCCCGUCAUCAUGGCCGGCGGUGCGGCCCCCGCGCUCGCGCUGCAGCAGCAGCAGGUCGCGCACGCGCAGCUGCCGCACCUCGGCGACCCGCGCGGCGCGAACAGCGCGCCGCUGCCCGUCAUAGCGCCGCCCGUCGGCUUUGCCGGCUACCCCGCCGCCGCAGCCGCCGGGGCCCCGAUCUACCACCACCACGGGGGCCCGCACAGCCCGCACGGCGCGGGCGCCAUAAACGGCGCCGGCGGACUGCCCGGCGCGGGGGCGCUCCCCGGCGGCGCAGGGCUGGCGGCAGUCGCGCAGGGCGACAUGGGGUUUGGAGCCCUGGGGCCCGUCGACCUGCCCGGACUGCCCGGACUGCAGGGCGGCGGCGAGCAGCCCUGCCAGGUGGCGCUGCAGAGCCCCGAGCAGGUGCAGCUGGUCUGCAGCCACGCGGCCACGCUGAGCGCGCUGUCGGGCGCCGCGUUCUGGCUGGCGCCCGCGGGCGGCGCCGGCGGCGCGGGCGCGCUCGCGCUGUCGGGGACGCCGCAGCAGCUGCAGGCCGCGACGGAGCUGAUAAGCCAGCUGCUGGACGCGAGCGGCGGCGCGCCGCAGAUGGGCCGCGGGGCGUCGCAGAUGGGCCUGGGCGCGGCGCGCUGGCAGUGA